AUGGGCUACAGUACACCGACCAGCGAAGGCUUAUGGCGCAAACGUCAACUUUUGCCAUAUUGGAUAAUACAAGGAUUAUGUUGUGGUGUAUUGGGCGUCAUCUCUUGCUUGAUGAUUGGUUCCAGCACGGUAUAUCUCGUAGCAGGCCGAGGCGACGAUAAUGUGAGCUGGUUCGGAUAUCCAGUCAAUGAUUUAGCAAGAGUUGCUGUUGCAAUCGGCACUGUAUUGCUCGUCUUUUGCAUUCUCACAUUAGCGCUCGGCGCAACCGAGGCCAUAUUAUACAAAGCCAGUCGACUUAGGCCAGCACUGCUGCUAGCCUUUGCCUGCAUCAAGACGACCGUCUGGCUAGUAUUCUUCUUUUUCGUAGUCGUCUCGGCGGCACACGGAGCCCUGAGCCCGCUCAACCUGAUCCUCGCCAUCAUGCUCGCCGUGACGAGUAUAGGCCAACUCGUCCUGGGGGCGAUUUAUACCCACAAGCUGCAAAAGUCAAUACACGACCGAGGAAGAUACGCCGAUCUCGACCCCGAGGGCGGCAAGACGCAGAACAUGGCCACCCUCCCGCGGUCCAAUACCUGGCGCAAGUCGAUCCCCACCAUCACCAUAACAUCGCGGCAAUGGUCGCCGCGGAGCAGUAUAGAAGAGGAAGAGGAGGAUAUUACCACCGACUAUGAGAGCUACCGGAACUCUUUGCUGCAGGCCGAGAAUAUGCGAAAUGGGGGCGCCCAAGAGCUCGCGGCACCGGAGAAUAGUCAUGCACGGAGCGUCGCUGCUGGCAUUGAAGAGACACGGACCAUUGCCUCGUCCAACUACGAGGCUUCCAUGUUGGGCGCCGUGAGCCCGCCCACAAGUCCGGGUUUGCCUACGACGCUGUCGCCUCCGCCGGUCCAGAAGUGUUACUCGCCCGCCAGCAAUAUGUAUGAGUUUGACCAGGCGGACUUGUCGAUUACGGGAUUCUAUGGUUCCGGGUAUGAAGGAAAUACCAAAACGUGGUAG